UGGAGGCAUUAAACCUUUCUCCUACGGUCCUGCCCUCUUCUUCUCUCUCUUCUUAAGCCCAUCAGUGUCCUUAUUUGCCAAAAAGGAUUCCAAAUCUACAAUAGUCAAAUCCCCAUUUGCAGAACGGAACUCCCUUUUGAUUUUGAGUAAUCAAACUGAAAGACUUGUGCCGUGUCUGGUUUUGUAGUUGGAUCAUGUUUUUUAAAAUUUUUGAUUGUUUUUAAUUUUAAAUUAACUUUUUAAAGGUUUUUAAAGUUUUGAUGUAUAUUAAAAAUAAAUUUUAAAAAAUAAAAAAAUAUUAUUUUAAAAUAUUUUUCAACAAAAAUAAUUUUAAAAACAACUCCUACCAUACUACUUUCGAGAAUCAAUUGCAGAGAUACUGAGCCACAAAUCAUAGAAGAAACAUCUUCUCCUAACCCAGCAGAGAAAGAGAAGGAUUCUUGGCUACUUGUAUCAUUUCUCCAUCUGUUUUGUCACUUCAAGUUGGUCCGUGAAAGAAAUAGAUAAGAGUUGACCAUGGGCAGAGCUACAAGGUGGCUAAAGGGCUUAUUGGGCAUGAAGAAAGACAGAGAUAAAGAAAGAGACGAUGUUGCCACACCAAUUUCAAGUGACAAGAAAGAGAAGAAAAGGUGGAGCUUUUCCAAAUCAGGGAAGGAUGACGCUCCAGCGACUCUUUCAGGGAACAUGAAAGAUGCUGCCUGGCUCAGUUCCUACCUUUCUGAGACGGAAAGAGAGCAGAACAAGCAUGCAAUUGCAGUGGCAGCAGCCACAGCUGCAGCAGCUGAUGCUGCAGUGGCUGCAGCUCAGGCAGCGGUUGCCGUCGUGAGGCUCACCAGCCAUGGCAGAGGCACAAUGUUGGGUGGAGGGAAGGAGAAAUGGGCUGCAGUAAAAAUUCAAACUGUCUUUAGAGGCUACUUGGCCCGAAAAGCUCUUCGCGCAUUGAAAGGGCUGGUUAAGCUACAAGCUGUUGUUAGGGGCUAUUUAGUCCGAAAACGGGCUGCUGCAACUCUUCAUAGUAUGCAAGCUCUCAUAAGAGCUCAAAAUUCUGUUCUGUCUCAACAUGCUCGUCGUUGGUUGAACAAAGAGAUUAGAUUUUCUGAACACAGGCCACGAAAAUCCUUGGAGAGGUUUGAUGAUAUGAGAAGUGAAUUUCACAGCAAGAGGCUAUCCACAUCUUAUGACACGACUGUAUUUGAUGAAAGCCCUAAGAUAGUUGAAAUUGACACCUACAAGCCAAGAUCAAGAUCUCGUAGGAUUAAUAUUGCACUAUCAGAAUGUGGUGAAGAACUUCCCUACCAGGCUAUCUCGUCACCUCUUCCUUGUCCUACACCAGCUAGAAUCUCCAUCCCUGAGUGCAAACAUUAUCAAGAUCUUGAGUGGUACUUCACUGGCGAGGAAUGUAGGUUCUCCACUGCACACAGUACUCCAAGAUUUGCAAACUCUGCCCGGUGCAAUGCCCCUGCCACACCGGCAAGGAGCAUUUGCGGAGAUGCCUACUUUAAGCCUUAUUCGAACUUCCACAAUUACAUGGCAAACACGCAAUCCUUUAAGGCCAAAUUGAGGUCUCAUAGUGCGCCAAAACAAAGGCCGGAUCCAGGAUCAAAGAAGAGGCUUCCACUCAAUGAAAUAAUGGCUUCCAGAAAUAGCAUAAGCGGCGUCAGAAUGCAGCGGUCAUGCACCAAAGUUGAUGAAGAUUUGGUCAUCGAGGAAUUGGUUAGUGAAGAGGGGCGUUCUUAUCCGAAGUGAUAUUUAAAAAGGCUUGACUGUGAGAAGAAUGUGGAAGUUGAAGUACCAAGACUUCUUUCUUCUCGAAGCUUUUCGCUUCAGCUAAAUGCUGACAAGCAAUAGCGAGCAUAGAACAAAGAAUGCUUUGUGUAAAUUCUUUACAACAGUUAUGGGUGAUCAUGUUGCCUAAUCAAUGAAAUGAGAAAGUUUUUUUUUUU